CCAGACUUCUUCUUCCUUGCCACUCACGCAUAAACCACCCCCCCCCCACUUCUCCCCACAUCACUUAGCACUGUUCCCACCCUGGUGUUUGUUACCUCGUGAAUUGCUGAUAAUAGUUGUGGUUGCCUCGGUGCGUAACUCGUUGUGGGGGGGGGGGGUAGGUGGCCGGCGUCCUACAUAUCCAUGAAGUGUGCCGGCUUUAACUCUGAAGCGAAUGCAUUGAGGUCUCCUCGCAAGACUCGACGAAGCGGUCCACUUAUUCGCGUCACGACAGAGGCAGACGGGGGGGGGGGGGAAGGCGUUAAUUGGCAUUAUUUAGUUUCAUUUCACCUCAGAAAUUGCAUCGGUUUGUGUUUCGGACGGUUUUUUUUAUUACUUUGCUGUUGAGAGAAACGCGCGCGCGUGUGGGUGGCGGUGGCGGCGGCGGCGGCCGAGCGAACGAGGAAGAGAGGCGAGCGGCCAUGGGACCCGAAGCGCGAACGACCGUGGGCAUUUGGGGCCAGACGAAGGCCCUCCUCUACAGGAACGGCCUCAUCAAAGUGCGCAACAAGCAGCAGACCCUGCAGGAGCUGCUGAUCCCCCUCUGCUUCGUGUUGCUGCUCGUGCUCAUCAGCGAGAUGAACAGGCAGGUGGAGCUCUCCGAGUCGCCCCCGCCACCCGCCUUCCCCUUGCCCCUCGAGUUCGACCACGACGUCGGCUACGUGGCGGACUCGGACCACGCGCGCCGGGUCAUGUACCUGGUGGCCGCUCAGCUCGCCAAGCCGGUGCAAGAGUUCCCCACCGAGAGCGCGUUGAGGGAAGAUGUCGCCACCUUGCACUCGUGCGGCGUGGUGUUCAACGGCAGCAUGGAGUACCGCCUGCUCUUCCCGUACAACACCGUGCCGAGCACCGACGUGUCGUACGACCAGCUGGAGAUGCACUGCCGGUCCAUGGACGAGCUGCACUCGACCAGGUGUCCCGUAAACGACUACCUGGAGUCUGGAUUCGUGUCGCUGCAGUUGGCCAUCGACUCUGCGCUCAUACAGUUGCAAACGAACGCCUCCGCUCGCGCCCUGACCAGCGCCAUGGUGCAACGCAUGGGCCGCGGCCGUCACACGGUAGUGCGCACCUGGCCGCAGUUGCUGGCCUCCAUCUACCUGGCCGGCGCCUUCGCCCCCUUCCUCUCCUUCCUGCUGCUCAACCUGGUGCUGGAGAAGGAGCAGGGUUCCCGCGACCUGAUGCGCACCAUGGGCCUCCGCACGCCGGCGCUCUGGCUGUCGUGGGCGAUGGUGUACGGUGCCAUGAUUUGCCUCGUGUCGCUGGUGCUCGCCGUGGUGACACGCGUCACGCACAUCUUCGACACGAGCAACACGGUCCUCAUGUUCCUCCUGUUCCUGCUCUACGGCCUCUCGCUGGUGGCGAUGGCGCUGGUGCUCAUGGCGUUCUUCCGCAAGGCAAAGACGGCGAGCUCCGUGGGCUCUCUGCUUGCGCUGCUCUUCUGCCUGCUCAACAUUCCCGUCCUGCUGCUGUGGAACUCGCACACCGUACUGCACUGGCUCCUCAGCCUCUUCUCUCCCGCGGCCUUUGCCCUCGCCGUUGCACAGGUGGUGGCGCUAGAGGCCGGAGGGAGUGGCGCCCACUUCUCCAACCUGCUGGAGGGCCCCAACCCGCUCGCUGUACCCCUCACGAUGCUGCUGCUCGACAUCGCCAUCUACCUGGGCCUCGCCGCUGCGCUGCAUCGCCUGCUGCCAGAGGCGCCCGCAUCGUGCCGCCCGUCCUUCUUCCGGCUGCCGCGCUGGUGUCGUAGCCCGGCAAACGGCGGGGGGGGGCACCCGCCUCUGGACGCCGUGGACGACGUGGCGUUGGGGGGCCCGGGGCACGGCGGCGGUGAAGGCCUCGAGGGAGACGGGAUCUGCGAGGCGGUGCCCAGCGAGAUACUGGGGAGCGAAGCCAUUAGAAUUCGUAAUGUCAGGAAGACGUACCGGCUGAAAGGAACGGAUGUCAUGGCUUUGAGAGGCCUCUCCCUGAACAUUUACGAGGGCCAGAUCACGGCCCUGCUGGGCCACAAUGGAGCCGGCAAAACAACGCUCAUCAACAUCCUCACCGGGCUCAUCACCCCCUCCGCCGGCUCGGUGACAAUCUUCGGGCUGCGGGUGGACGAUCGGGACGAGCUGUCCGCGUUGCGCACCAGCUGCGGGUUCUGCCCGCAGGGCGACAUCCUCUUCUCGGGGCUGACGGCGCGGGAGCAGCUGCGCGUGUUCGCGCUCCUCAAGCCGUCCGUGGCGGCCGCGGAGACAGAGGCGGAGGUGUCUCGCGUUCUCUCGGCCACCGGCCUGGAGAAAGCGGCUGACAAACAGGUGCAGGAUCUGAGCGGGGGCCAAAAGAGAAAGCUCUCCCUGGCGGCCGCCCUUCUGGGCAAGCCCAGGUUGUUGAUCCUGGACGAGCCGACGUCCGGCAUGGACCCCGUGUCGCGUCGCCGCGUGUGGAGUCUGCUGCUGGGAGGGAAGCGAGAGUGCGUCACGCUGCUCAGCACGCACUCCAUGGAAGAGGCCGACGCACUCGCCGACUGGAAAGCCGUUCUGUCUCAAGGCCGUCUCAAGUGCGCGGGCUCCUCGCUCUUCCUCAAAACCAAGUUCGGAGUCGGUUACCGUCUCACGAUGUGCGUGGGCGAGGAGUGCAACCCCGAGGAGGUCACAGCGCUGGUGUCGUCCCACGUGCCGUCCGCACGCCUCGCACGGAGAUUCGGCGCUGAACUCGCCUACACGCUGCCCUUCAACGACGUGCGCAGCUUCACUGGUCUAUUCUCCGUGCUGGACACGCGUACCGAUCUGUGCGUGCACAGCUACGGCGUCUCCAUGACGACCCUGGAGGAGGUGUUCCUCCGACUGUGGGAGGAGUCCGAGAUGGAGCAGCCAGUCCUGACAGAUUACAGCGUGUUUGCUGACGCGGAGACCGCCGGCAACGGCCAGGGGGCAAGGGGGGACGUCGCCGACGGAGACGGCAACGCGUCGGCCUCGGAAGACGAUUCAACGUCCGACCUGGGCAGCCUGCACCUCCUGACCUAUGAUCCCGGCAAUGGCGAGGCACCGCGACCCGGCCCUCUGACCGGCUGGGCGCUGUGGUGUCAGCAGCUGCGUGUCGUGGCGUGGCUGCGCAUCAUCAGCUACCUGCGCGAGUACUCCUCGCUCGUCUACCUCGUGGUUACGCCCGCCAUCUUCAUCGGCUUUGCGAUCUGGUUGGCCUGGUUGGGCGACCGCAUGGAUGCCCACCAGCCGGCGGCGUUGAAGCUGUGGCCUGGCCUGUACCUCCUGGGCACGAAGGGUGGCGCGGAGACAGGCGCCCACACGCGUCUCCUCGUGCUAACUUCCGCAGAGAACGGGUUGAGCGAGGCGACCAUUGGCUCCCUGCAGAGUCUGGAGGUGCAGUUGGAUCUGAGUCCCGGGUCUCAUUCCCACAACCUCGCCCUCAACCUCACACAACAAGGACCACAGGGUGUAACUGGCCAAUACAACAGCACUGCCCUGCACUCCCUGCCAGUGCUCGUCAACCUCCUCAGCAACUGGGUUCUGCACAGCCUCAAUGGCACUGGGGUCAUCACAACGUGGAGCCAGCCCCUGCCUCGGAUGAACAGCUCGGGUUUCACCGACGCCACGCUGGUGCCGUUAGCCAUGUUCAUCGGCCUCGGGGCCAACUGGCUUCCCUGCUACUUCAUUUUCGACAUCGUUCGCGACCGAGAACUGCAGGCGCGCUCGCUCAUGCGCAUCAGCGGACUGGCGCCCUCGGCCUACUGGCUGGGCCUGGCCUCCGUGGACCUCGCCUCCUACAGCCUCCUGCUGCUGGCGCUGCUGGCGACGGCGUUUGGCAUCGGCGUGGGGUCGCUCACUCAGCCCGGCGCCGCCCUCGCGCUGAUCAUCUGCCUGGUGGGCUCUGCCCCAGCCACUUUGCUCUUCACCUACGUCUGCUCCUUCCUCUUCUCCAAGAUGGAGAGUGUGCAGACCGCAUGGCCCCUCAUCGCCAUGCUGUUGGCGCUGGCCCCGUACCUGGUGGUGACCCUGCUGGAGAGCGCCGGCGAGCUGUACGGCCUGGCCACCGCGCUGCACCACGUCUUCUCCCUCUGCGACCCCCUCUACGUCCUCAUAGGCAACAUCUACUACGUGCUCCAGGUUUACUUGCGGGGCAAGCAGAGGGGAGCACAGCCCACUCUCUCCGACUACUUCGCCUGGGACUCCAACAUCCCCAUCACUUUGCUGGCGCCGUACGCGAUGGUGGGCGCAUUGUGGCUGGCGCUCAUGUUUCUUGAGAGGAGACCAAUGGGGCACGGGGACGUUCACGACCCCGUCUUCUGCAUCUCCGGGCGCCGGCGCCGCGUGGUGGCCAACACCGAGCGGCCCGAGGGGGAGGACGAGGACGUGGCGUGGGAAAGGGAGCGCGUGAAGCGCGCGCUGCACAACCACGAGAGCCCAGCGAUGCUGGUUCACUCGCUGCGCAAGGAGUUUGGAAAGAGUCAGAGUGGCUGCCACUGCCGGAGCGGCCGUGGGAAGGCGUGCGUUGCCGUCAGGAACCUCUCCUUCAUGGUGGAGCGAGGGGAGGUUCUGGGGCUGCUGGGACCCAACGGGGCUGGGAAGACGACCACAGUGGAGCUCUUAGCUGGAGAGUUGAAGCCCAGCGCUGGACAGGUGGUGCUGGGAGAUGGCUGUGCGCGGGGGGCGCAGCUGGGCCUGUGUCCCCAGGUGAACCCCCUGUGGAAGAAACUGACGCUGGCGGAGCACCUGUCCUUCUACGCGGCCGUGCGGGGGCUCCGGCGGGAUGAGGCACGCGCCGUCACGCAGGGGAUGAUAUCGGCAUUGGCGCUGAAGGAGCACGCGGAGAAAGUGACGCGGAAGCUGUCGGGCGGCACCAAGCGCAAGCUGUGCUUUGCUCUCAGCAUGCUGGGAAGCCCCUGCCAAGUGCUGCUGGACGAACCAUCCAUGGGCAUGGAUCCCAAGACCAAGCGCUUCAUGUGGAGAGCGAUCGGCGCUGCAUUCCGGAGCAGCCAGCGCGGCGCGGUCCUCACCACGCACUACAUGGAGGAGGCAGAGGCGCUGUGCCACCGCGUCGCCAUCGUGGUGGCCGGCCGCCUCCGGUGCCUUGGUUCGAUCCAACACCUGAAGAGUAAGUACGGUGGGUGCUACCACCUGGAGGUGAAGGUCGGGGAGGCUACGGUGACCGGCGUGUCGCUGGAGCAACGCGUGGCCGAGGUGCAGGCUCACCUGGCGAGCAGCUUCCCCGGGGCCUCGCUUCAAGAUGGGUUUGCCGGGAGGCUGGUGUACAAGGUGCCGCGUGAGCACGUGGGAUCGCUGGCCGAGGUGUUCAACAAGCUGGAGAAAGCCAAGCUGGAGCUCGGGGUGGAGGAGUACAGCUUUUCACAGGCAACACUGGAGCAGGUGUUCGUGGAGUUCGUGAAGGAGCAGAGCGACACCCAUUUGCUCCUGGAGCCGGGCGAGGCGGAGGAGGUGCGGUGGAGCGACACGAGCCGGGCGUGACGGAGCCGGGAACGGCUCGACGAUCGCCAGGACUCGCGGCAGGCAGCUCGGUGGCGUAGCGCGGUUGGCGUUGGGCCCCUGUUGCAAGGAAUCAAAUGGGGGUUGGGGGGGGGGCAGGCAGUGCAAGUUGCACCGCCUGCGACCCUCCCCGAUAGCUACCCCUCGAGAUACUUCAAUACGAAAGGGCCUUUUUAAAACACGAGGUUGUUAUUAUUGCUACACCCACUGCGUCGCCUCCGGAAUGCACUUGGACCUUGAUGGUGGUUGGAGCGGGUGGGACGGACGCUGCUGCCCGUGCGAGCCGGGCCACCAUCGUCCGCGCUCGCACCUCCCGCUCCUCCUCCUGCCCGCGCCGUGGUGACUGUGGGUUUUCGCAGAGGCUGGAUACUGCCGCCCGGGUUCUGUCGGCCUCGGUUUGACGGCACGCGCCGUGGAGUCUCCGGGUUGAGAGGGAGCACGUGGCGGUGGCAGUGGCUGCGUCGUCGGCUCCGUCCUAAGCCAGACAGAAAACUUGAAUCUUCAUCCCCCUCCGUCCGUGAAUCCCUGCCUACUUUUAACAUAGCCACACCUAUUAGCUCACUAGCCCGCCCAACAGAGCAAGUGGCCUCAUCAUUCUCACCUAUGUUAGCUCCCCCUGCAUCCUGCUCAUAGCCCCCCCCCUCCCCGGCCUACUCCGAUGGGGCCACCCUCUCUCUGCCUGCAUUAUGAGUCGAGCACGAGGCCAGGAAAUUUUUAACUGGGGGCAAAAGCUCCGAAAAUUGCGUUCCAAAAAGCAUUGAGGGCCAGCGACGGUCUCGGUUGGGCUGGGGGCUGAUCCAGUCUGGAUUGAAGGUUCUUGUGUUUAUCUGCUUCUAAGAGUAGGGGUGAGGGGGUGGCGAGGGGGGACCGUGGUUGGUCGGUUCAUGCCCGGUGCCUUUUGUAAUCAGCACCUUGCCACCGAUGAAUCGGACACAUCGGGGUAGGGCACUGGCUGCGAGGCGUCAAUACCCUCAACCCAGGGCUUCGUUUCUCACUCUGUAUUUCCCGGCUCGCUGCUGUACCGAGAAGCAGGCUUGGCAGACCCAGCCAAUUGAAUCCCUCGACUCCACCGACCCCACACGCAUCGGUAGCUGCUGCACCGCGAACACACGGUCACCGGCUCGAACCACCGCUUCCCACGUACACGAAGUCACGCGCAUGCACGCGAGGCGGCGGCGCAGCGGUUGGGCGCGCUGCGCUUACGAACCCGGCGACCCCGAGUUCGAUUCCCGCUCACGGUCUCAAAUGAGUACCCGGUGCGGUGUGCAAACAUCGCCGCUUAGGGGAGACAAAGGCGGUCGGGCGUGGUGUUUGGCCACACUCGCCCCUCGUGUGCUGUCCCGGGAUUAAUAGGUACUCGCGAAACAGCGGUCGCCCCACAAAGUUCUGUUAAAGGCUAUACGGGGGAUCGUUGUCUUUGUACAUAUAUAUGAAAUAGAGCCGUGUGUAGAAUGCUGCAUGUUUAAAGGGGAUCCUGCAACAUAUUCGUUAAGUGAUCAAUCCACUGCUGGAUGAAGGCCCUCCCCUAGCCGUCGCCGUCCCUCCUCAGCGUCUCCUCGGUGCGGCGUGCCCCCACCCUGCGUCUGGACACGUGAGCGGAUUCGAUCGCUCCGUCUCCCGCGUGCGUGGGGGCAUCCUCACGUACGCACUGCUCCCUGUGCUUCCGUCUCCCCCGUUUAGCGAGGAAGUGUCAUUCCCACUCCCCCCCCUUCCCCCCUCUCGAGCCCGCUACCCUCCCCCACACAGCCCGGACGAUGCACUUGACUUGCGCUUCUUCUGUCAUCGAUCGAGUGAAAUUAAUCAAAUAGAAUUCCACUUUAAGAAGGUGGGAUGGGGUGGUGGAUCGAAGCCCCCCCCACCCCCAUCACCCUGGCUAUUUGAUUAAUUGUCGCAUUUCAGGGUCCUUAAUUCGAUUCCAGAGUCAAUUAUUAGUUUUUAAAUUGCAACGUGGCGCGGGGAGGCCUUCAUCCAGCAGUGGACUGAACCUAUUUAUUAAUAUGCAUGCACUGCACGAGAACAAAACACGGCAGGGGUAACGAUUUAUGGGCGUGGGAAUUAAUCAGACGUUUAUGGCUUUCAAAAAUCCUGGGUUUUGUUUGUCUCUUAAUUAUUUAUUGCUGAUUAAAUGUUCAUGAAUAGC